UUUCUGACUAUUUUGCUUUGUUUUUAGCAACAGUAUCCCCAGCUAAAAAUGAUUCUCUGCAUAAAAAGCUACUAUUCCAAAAUAUUUAAAAUUAUUUUUUUAACUAUUUAAAAAGGACAGAUUUUAAAGCAGUAAUCACAAUACCGUGUAAAAGUAGUUCUUUUGUAUAACACUGAUGUCCUGCAUUUUGUUUACAGCUCCAAAACAUUCAAACCUCAUUUCCAUGAAUAGAAAUUGAAACCACUUGUUUAAUAUUUUUAGUUUGACCCUUUGUUUUUAAACAUUUAUUAAAGGCCUGCUCUCUGUUGGUUUAACCCCUUUAUAGCAGGUUUAUGACCACCUUCGAUUCACAUUUGUCUGUCAGUGAUGAUCUAAUCACCACCAUAUAUUUUCAGAAAUGGGUCAGAAGGUCUGGUUUGACUUCCGUCCUCUUCGGCAUUGGAGUUAUGUACGGUUGCUGUCAUUACACAGAGAGGCUCAGGGAUCUGUCAGAGACGUUAAGAGAGCUGCUGGUGUGGCUUCAUUCUGCCUAACAACAGGAAGUACACUUUUUUUCUUGCACAGGAUGUGGUUUCAGACAUGCAAGUGUAAGAGGAAGAGGGGAGGGCUGGGAGAGAGUGCACAUCUACUUUAUGCUCUUUGAAAAGUUGGAACAGGUGCUUUUAAGAUUUAUGGUCUGAUUUUUAUUGUCAUACUUUGUUAUUUAUCGUCACUUCUUGUCGUAUAAGAACGUCUGAAGAUGCUAUGAGAGAGGAAAAGAUGGAGCCUGAAGAGACGGAGGUUGAUUUAUCAUCUUCCUGGUCUCCUAUUACUAGAGAAAGACUCCUCACAUGUGCCAACUUGUCAGAUUUUGCCGGGAAGAAAAGAAAACAAGACCCAAGUAGUGAUGCUGAGAAUUCAGCCCGAAUCUUGGAGGACUGUGAAGAAGAUGACUUUCCCAUCAGCGACCACAUGCAAGAUUCUGAGGGUCCAUGUAAUAAAAGAGUCAAGCCAGUGGAUAAAGGUGCUUCAGUCACUGGGAUCAUAACCCCAGUGAAGACCCCUGCUCUCAAACGCUUGGGCCAGUCCAUACAGCGUUCUAUCAGUUUCCGAACAGAGGCCCGGCCAUUGCCUCCAAUGCCAAGAUCCCGUCAAAAGGCUUCUUCAUUCCCUCGACGGCGGAGCAGUCAGCUGUGGAGUGACACGGUGGACAACAUGAGCCAUGAGCUCAGCACUAAAGAGAUCAAACGACAAGAGGUAAUCUACGAAUUAACCCAGGGUGAGAAACAGCUCAUAGAGGAUCUAAGCCUCGUAAAAAAGGUGUACUAUGAGCCUAUGCUGAAGUUAGACAUCAUGACAGAAAGUGAGCUGGGACAGAUAUUCGGGACGCUUGAUUCUUUAAUUCCCCUUCAUGAAGAUCUUUUAGUUCGUCUUGAAGGGCUUCGUGGAGCUGAGAAGACUGUGCAAGAAGUCGGGCCAACCAUGAUGGAUUGGUUUCCCUGUCUGGAGGCGUAUAUCACAUACUGUUGUAACCAGGUUGGGGCAAAAGCUCUGCUUGAUCAGAAGAAGCAGGACAAACGGGUUGAGCAGUUCUUGCGGCUGUGCCAGGAGUCAUCCUUUAGCAGAAAGCUGGACCUGUGGAACUUUCUGGACUUGCCUCGCAGCAGGCUGGUGAAAUACCCUCUGCUGCUGAAGGAGAUUCAGAAGAGCACUCCACUUGAUCAUCCGGAUGAGGAUGCACUGCCACAGGCUAUGGAACUUAUCCAAAGGAUUAUAACAGAAGUAAAUCUUAAAACUGGAGAGGCUGAGUGUCAGUUUUACAGACGGGGGCUUUGCUACGCAGAAGACAGUCAGAGGGUUGCAGAAAUCCAGGCUUCUCGUUUUUUAUACUGUCACGGUGAACUGAAGAGUACGAAAGGACAGAAACUGCAUGUGUUCCUCUUUGAGCUGGUGCUGGUUUUGACCCGGCCAGUGGCACAGGACAGGGAAGGGCCAGUCCAGUUCCAGGUGUAUCGUCAGCCCAUGCCCGCUGCUCACCUGCACCUGGAGGACCUGCCUGAUGGAGAGCCAAGCAGUUCGGGGUCCUUUCGGGGAGCCUUUACAGGCAAUGAUAAAGUGAAGAACUGUUUCCGUGUCAGCACCACAGGACGCUCCAAAUCUCAAUCCCACAGCCUGCAGGCUAAUGACUCCUUCAAUAAGCAGCAAUGGAUUUCAUGUCUGCGGCAAGCAAUGGUCCAGUCACGGGACAGACAGGCUCAAAGCAGUCCAUGCAAUCCAAAUGAGCGUUUAAGCCCUGAGCCGGCACUCUAUAACAACAUCGCUGAACUCACCAUUAACUCUGAUGUGGAUAUGCCCGACACAUAGACCUGGGCUUCUGCUGCUCUCCAGUCUUAUAAUUUAUCCACAAACACUUCCAAUGUGAUUGUGACCGUGACAGCCGACUUUCUCAAGACGAAUGAAAUCGCGCAGUUGCUGUUUCACACCCAGUGUUGAAACUGUGAGAAUCGUAUCAUGUAGCUAUAUUUGUAUACUUCAUAUUUAGAUGUUUUUUGGUGUGGAAUGUCUCAUGGAAGGAAUAUAUUUUCUAUUAGAUUUAUGCCUCUUGCUUUAAGCGGUUUAUUUUUUUAUGUGUGAUAUUGGUUGCAUGAGUGGUUAAUGGCAUAUGUGAAUAUCUAUUUGAAUAGUGAUUCUCUAUUUGAAUCUCAUCUGGUAGGUACAGAAACAACAAUAUUUGUGCAAUCUGAACGGUAACUAUAGUUAUAUGCAGCCAGGCUUUUUGUUAUUGCACUUUGGCGGCGUUAGGGCUAAUAUUACUGCUUUUAUUGAUAUUAGCUGAAUGUAUUGAUGUUAGCUGAAUGCUUAUUUCACCAUUUCUCUUAAUUUAAAGGAACCCUGAGCCAUUUACAAACAAGGGAUUUGUUCCCACUUUCCUGUCAGUGCAUAAUCGUUACCGUUUUGUAUCAAUAAACUGACAACUUCCUUAAAUAUG